UCACGCCGCUCCCGCCGCUGGCCAGCAGCUCGGAGGCGCCCGUCACCGCGGCCGCCUCUCCCGGAGGCCGGCGGCUCGCGACGCCCCGCGCGUGGGAGGGCGCGGACGAGCCCCCGAGGAGCCGCCGGGUUCCGGGCGCGCUCGGCCCACGGAGGAGCGCCGCACGGGCCGCGCUGGCCCCGGCUCUCAGCGCCAUGCCCUGUGGAGAAGACUGGCUGAGCCACCCGCUCGGGAUCGUGCAGGGCUUCUUCGCCCAAAAUGGAGUUAAUCCUGACUGGGAGAAGAAAGUUGUUGAAUACUUCAAGGAAAAGCUGAAGGAAAACAAUGCUCCUAAAUGGGUACCAUCAUUGAAUGAAGUUCCCCUUCAUUAUUUGAAACCUAACAGCUUUGUCAAGUUCCGUUGCAUGAUUCAGGAUAUGUUUGACCCUGAGUUUUACAUGGGAGUUUAUGAGACGGUUAACCAGAACACAAAAGCUCGAGUUCUUCAUUUUGGAAAAUACAGGGAUAUAGCAGAAUGUGGGCCUCAACAAGAACUUGACUUAAGCUCUCCACGAUCUACCACUGCAGAAAGACAGACCUUCUACUGUGUCCCCGUGCCUGGGGAGUCUUCAUGGGUCAAAGAGGCCUAUGUCAAUGCAAACCAAGCUCGAGUCAGUCCCUCAACUUCCUAUACUCCCAGUCGGCACAAGAGGAGUUAUGAAGAUGAUGAAGAUAUGGACCUACAGCCCAAUAAACAGAAAGACCAGCAUGCAGGUGCCCGGCAGGCAGGGGGCCUUGGGGGCCUUCACUGGUGCGGAGAGCCAAAACGCUUAGAAACUGAAGCUUCUACUGGGCAGCAGCUGAACUUCUUGAACCUCUCUUCUCCAUUCGAUCUGAACUUCCCCUUGCCAGGAGAGAAGGGCCCUGCCUGCCUCGUUAAGGUCUAUGAAGAUUGGGAUUGCUUCAAAGUCAACGAUGUUCUUGAGUUAUAUGGUGUGCUGUCUGUGGACCCUGUCCUGAGCAUACUGAAUAAUGAAGAAAGGGAUGCCUCUGCACUCCUGGACCCCAUGGAGUGCACAGACAUGGCAGAAGAGCAGAGGGUACAUAGUCCUCCAGCUUCGUUAGUGCCAAGAAUUCAUGUGAUUUUAGCCCAGAAGUUGCAGCACAUCAAUCCUUUGUUACCCACUUGCCUUAACAAGGAAGAGAGCAGAACCUGUAAGUUUGUGUCCAGUUUCAUGUCCGAGUUGUCUCCGGUCAGAGCAGAGCUGCUUGGAUUCCUCACUCACGCGCUCUUGGGAGAUAGUUUGGCCGCUGAGUACCUUAUCCUGCACCUCAUCUCAACAGUAUAUACAAGAAGAGAUGUUCUUCCACUAGGAAAAUUUACAGUUAACCUGAGUGGCUGCCCACAAAAUAGUACCUUCACAGAACACCUAUAUCGGAUCAUUCAACACCUUGUUCCAGCAUCUUUUCGUCUGCAGAUGACGAUAGAAAACAUGAACCAGUUGAAAUUCAUUCCCCACAAAGACUAUACAGCCAAUCGAUUGGUCAGUGGUCUCCUCCAGCUGCCCAACAACACGUCCCUGGUCAUUGAUGAAACUCUUUUAGAACAAGGGCAGUUGGAUACCCCAGGUGUUCAUAAUGUGACUGCCCUGAGCAACCUGAUCACCUGGCAGAAGGUGGAUUAUGACUUCAGUUACCACCAGAUGGAGUUCCCGUGCAACAUCAAUGUUCUCAUCACAUCCGAGGGGAGGUCACUACUCCCGGCAGACUGCCAGAUUCACUUACAGCCCCAGCUGAUCCCACCCAACAUGGAGGAGUACAUGAACGGUCUUCUGGCGGCUGUGCUCCCGGCUGUGCUCAACAAGUUCCGCAUCUACCUGACCCUCCUGAGGUUUCUGGACUACAGCAUAUCAGAUGACGUCACCAAGGCGGUUGAAGAUGAUUUUGUGGAAAUGCGUAAAAAUGAUCCUCAGAGUAUCACAGCUGAUGAUCUCCACCAGUUGCUCGUGGUGGCGCGGUUUCUGUCCCUGAGUGCCGGUCAGACGACACUGUCAAGAGAACGGUGGCUGAGAGCAAAGCAGCUGGAGUCUUCCAGGAAACACAGGCUCCAGCAGCACAAGUGUGUGAAUGGGAAUGAACUUUAGAAGAGAAUGGGUGGGCCAUCGUAGCCUCCGUGUUGUACAAUUCAGAUUCGUUUAUACCAUAUUGUUUUAUAAAUAAUUUGUAUCCACAAACAAUGACUUCCUGAAAUCAAGCCUGAUGACGUCCAAAGUUUAUAUGAUUCUCUGUAAGGGCUUUUACCUUACUGGUUUUAUGGAGUUUUGGAGUUUGUUUUAUAAUUAGUUAUGAUGUACAAAGAUGUAUUUGAUAUUAAAGGUUUGGUAAUGAUAA